AUGGAGAGAUUUUGGACAAUUGAAGGCUACAACAGUCCACAAAAAAUUCUCUCAGACAACGAACUGGCUUGCGAGAAAUUCUUCAAGCUCACUACGACAAGGUGCCCGGUUAGCGGCAAGUUCAUAGUUCGCCUCCCUUUCAAGGAGGAUCCAGUUACGCUAGGCCAAUCUUACGACAUAGCGUAUCGAAGGUUAGUAGCGCUUAAAUACAAAUUACUAAAGAAUCCCUCACUUCUAAAGAGUUAUCGCGAGUUUGUACAUGAGUACGAGCAGAUGCAGCACAUGAAAAUUGUCGAGAACGGCAAACAAGGCAGAAAUUUCAUUCCCCAUCAUUGUGUUAUGAAGACUGACAGCAGCACCACAAAACUACGCGAUGUGUUUGACGCGUCGUGCCAAACUUUAAGUGGAAAAUCAUUGAACGACAUGCUUCGAGUAGGCCCUACGCUUCAAGAUGACAUCUUCACGAUUCUAAUUCGAUUUCGAAGUCACAAAUACGUUUUGAUAGCCGACAUCGCAAAAAUCUACCGGCGGGUGCCGGUUAACAAUGCUGAUGCGCCAUGGCAAUGUAUUUUGUGGCGCGAUUCGCCACAAGCUCCCGUGAAGAUGUACCAGUUGCAGACGGUUACAUAUGGGACGAGCUGCGCGCCCUAUCUUGCCACGAAAUGCCUGCUGGAAGCGGCUUAA